GAACAAAAACUUGAUUUAGUGCUAUUUUAGUCUUUUUCUCUUAAUAAAAUCUCAUUAGUUAAAAGUUAUUGGGAAUAGUUAAUUAAGAAAAACAAUGUAUUGGAAAAUACAAUUUUAAAUGUUUUCUUAAUAAGUGUGAAAAAAACUAUAACAUGAAUCUUUUAGGAAUAGAGAGAGUAUAAAAUACUAAAACCAAUCAUGGAUUGAAAAAAUUUAAGGAUAUUUUGUUAAUCCCUAGUCUUUGAGUUGAGAACUUUUUAAUUUAAAUUUGUAAAUUAAGGAUUGUGUUGUCAAUUUCUGUUUUUUUUACAGGAUAAUUUCUGCCUUUUUGGUUUUACUAAUAAAAAAAGCAAAAUUCAAUGAAACGUCGCGUAGUGUUCAACUAAAAGACAAAAACGACACGAGGGUUCUCAUUAGCAUCAUCGUCUAUAUAAACACAUCCGCAAUUUGGAUGCCACAAAAUCGAACUCCCUUUCAAAUCCCUCGGUGUGCUCUUGCUGCUGGCACAACGAGCUUCCUCUAAGGAAAUGGAUCCCUCCCUUUUGAAGCUCCUCGAAGAAGAUGACGAGGUUAGCUUUCGAAUUUCAAACUCUCGUUUCGAGUUCCGUAUAGUCUCUGCGGAAUUUUACGCGAUGUCUUCCUCUGUGGCCGGAUCAUCGUCUUGAUCUCGAUUCCCGCUGAUUGUGUGGUAGGAUGAAUCUAUGCACUCGAAGGAAGACGUCGACGCGUUCCAGGCCUCUCUGAUUCGAGAAAUCGAAGGUUCUUCUGUAACCUAAUCGAACGAGCACCAUCUUCAAAUUCUUUAGGUUUCUUAGAUGAUUUAGAUGAAAGAGUAACGAUCCUGAUGAUGGAGGAAACCAUUCUUGGAGUCAGCAGUUUGCAGCAUGGAAUAAUGGUAUUACUCGAGAUGCUAAUACCAAUAAGCUCCAUAUCCUUGAGAGCACUCAGAUGAAAGAGCAACAACAACAACAACAACAACAGCACUCAGACCGAGAAUUAAAGCCAGAAGAUGAAUCACCCGUACAGCUCAACCACAACCUGCCUCAGAACCAUCUACAACCAGAUGGACUCUCUGAGAAUCCUUCCCAUGUUCCCCAAGCAACUGACUUGCAGUCUAGGAACAACUCUAUUAGUAUGGAACAACCUGUUGGCUCUGUAAAUCUUGGUCCGACACAACUACAAGUCGGUGAGUUGUUUCGUCUACUGAGACCCCAAGUUGACAAAGAUAGAGGGAAGCAGCUCAAUACACUGUUUUAUAAAUUCAAGAGUAACGAAGUUACAAAGGAAAGUUUCUUACGACAAGCAAGGAAUAUUGUAGGUGAACGAAUGAUCUUAUGGGCAGUUAGGAAACUGCAACAACAGGGAAAUAAGGGGGUCAAAGUGCCUGAUGGCUCAAACCAUUACAGAGAGCCCUUUACUUCUGCUGAAGACCAAUCCCUGAUACAAUCUUUAACCGAAGACAUCAGUGCUAAAAAAUCUGACACUUAUGGAAGUCAUGAUAACCAACUACAUUCAACAAGUUCGGGCACCUUAAGCAGUUCAGCUACUGUGCACGGAUUACACAAUUCUGAGAGUCCAGUUUCUGUGAAUGGUCCAGCUAUGGUUCAUGGUGGCCCUAUAUUCCCCAACCAAAAUAACUCAUCCUUGCCUAUAAAUCCGGCUCCUUGCCGAGGAUCAGUCACCAAGGACCAGACAAUGAGCAAUGAUCAGACAGUGGCCCACGUGAAGCAGAAAUUGACUGAUCAAAGCUUUGAUCAGGUACGGAAGCCUUGUCCUGUGGUGCGGCAAGACGUGUCUAAUGUUCCAAUGGAACAGAGGAAUGGUAACCCAAGGAGGUCAGAUGAUGACUUACUGAAGCAAUCAUCUGAAAUGGUUUUAUCAGCACCUACCACCCAUGCAAACUUUGCCUCUCCUUCAGUGAAAACACAGCUGGACUCUAGCACAAUGGUUAAUUUCUCUGCCCCAGCUGCGACCAUUUUCCCAGGAACUAUUGUUACAACGACACAAGGUCAGAAAAAAACUCUGGAGGCACAAGGUUCUUCGCUACCACCAUUGAGUAAGAGGCAAAAACUGUGUGAAACUUCUUUAGCUGGAAGUGGUAAAAAGUUCAAUGAUGUUACGGAACUCAGUGGCAUCAAUCUUAUGGAAGAGGAAAGAGAAUUAUUAUCUUCUCUAACUAAAAAUAACAGUCGUGUUUUCAAAUCAUUUCGAAGAGUUGCGUAUGAGGAGGAAGGAAGAACGAUUUUGCAGAAAGCUCCACUGCAGAGAAAGCUGGCUGGAAUUAUGGCAAAAAGUGGUAUAAAGCAUAUCAAGGAUGAUGUUGAGCGGUGCUUGUCUCUGUGUGUGGAGGAAAGGAUGCGUGUAUUGUUGUCUAAGAUAAUCCGGACUUCAAAGCAGCGGACUGAUCCCGAGAAGUGUAGAAAUCGGAUUUGUAUCACAUCUGAUAUCCGGAAACAAAUCAACGAAAUGAAUCAGAAGGAAAAAGAUGAACAGGAAAAGAAACAUGGUGGAGAAGAAGAGCUUAAGAAUGAUACAGCAAAAGAAGAUAAACGUUCAGAGCAAGUGAAGGCAAAUAAGGAGCAAGCCGAAAAGAGAGCUAAGGCUGCAAAUGAUGCUGCCCUUGCAUCCGUUGGAGGAGAUAAUGUGUUUUCAAAAUGGAAACUUAUGGCAGAAGCACGUCAGAAACCUUCUUCAGAGACAAGAAGAAACGCCAAAAAACUUUCUGGUGGUCAAAGAUUAGGGAAGAAGAACCAUGGUUCACCAAAAGUGGUCCGUUCAAUCUCUGUGAAGGAUGUGAUUGCUGUUGUGGAAAAAGAGCAUCAGAUGUCCAGAUCGACGCUACUGUAUCGCUUAUACGAUAGUAUCUGCUCGUAUGUUCCAACCCAAGAUAAGACAUAGAAAUUACUAAUAUCAAAGACAAGUCUUUCUAACAUUUUUGUUUCUUCUUAUUCCAUUGAAAGUGAUACCAUUACAAAAUCC